CAUAGAAUGCUAUAAUAUAUACUUUACUGAUGAUCAAUGUUUUUUAAGUGAAAUCGCUUCUCUGAUAAAAAAAGAAUUCACCGAAUGUUUGGUGAAAGAUUGUUUAAUGAAAACAAUUCAAUCAACAUCAUCAAAUGUAGAUUCAAACUUUCAAGAAGAAAUUAGGGAGUUUCAAGAAGCUUUAUGUGCCUAUGGAUUUUAUAAUGAAGCAGAUACAGCUAUUUUAGAUUUUGCAAAAGAUAUCCAUGUACAUUAUGCCAAUAAAGAAUGCCAGCAAUUAUUAAAAAAAUCAAGAGAAAUUAUGAAAAAAGAUAUUCAUGAUGCAAUAGAUGUUAAUCCGGAUGAAACAUUCGAUCAUGGAGACCAAUCAAGUGCACCACCUUUAUCUGUUCCAAAGAUGAAAAUUUCUUCAAAUAUUAUGGAACUUCAAGAACUCAUACUUGAUAUUUUACAAGAAUGUGGCAAAGCAGAAUCCGCUAUGUUGAGGCAACGGUUACUGUGCACCGCAUGCAAUGUUAUAAGACUUUAUCAAAGUAUCGUCCUAGUUCACCAUAACAACUUGAUAAAUAUUCCUAAACAAUCUGCAUUAUUCCACAACAACUGCAUGUAUUUAGCAAAUUGGUUGCUAACCAUUUCAAUACAAAUGCAGUCAUACAAUAUAACAAAGGAAGAAAUUGGAAUUACAUUAUAUUCAGAUCAAAUUUCAUCGUUGCGAUUGCUAGGAACAAAGUAUUUGAAUCAACAGAUGAAACAACAAAAAAACAUUAUGAUAAAUACCUUAAGAGAUUCAGAUUUAAAUUUAUUAAGUCAAGUUACAAAACUAAGUAAAACCAAUGAGGCUGUGAGCAAGUGCAUUGAACAAAUAAAUGAUUUAGAAUCCCACUGGUUUCAAGUGUUACCAGACAAUGUUUUUGCCAGGUGUAUUGCACUUCUUUACAAUGUUUUGUUAGGUGAACUUAUCCAAAGAGUUUGCAGUGCAGAAGACAUAUCAGCAGCAGUAGCUGCAGAUUUGGUCAAGUAUUUUGAUGAUGUACAAAAAAAUGCUUUAUGCAUGUUUAAGAAACAUACUGAUGUCAUGUCUAGAGUUCAAUUGUGGCAGAAGUUCCAGGAAUUGAAAAAUGUUCUCAAAGGGAAUUUAGAAAGUAUAGAAAGUCAAUGGGCGAAUGGCAAAGGACUUUUAGCCACAGUAUUUGAAAAGCAAGAAAUCAAACAUUUAAUAAGAGCACUAUUUCAAAAUACUGAUCGUCGAGCUGAGCUGUUAAUGAAACUUAAAUAACUAAAUUUCAAGAUCACUUUCGAUCUAUCUCUUAACUGCUGAAAUAAAUUCAACUAUACAAUAAAUAACAUAACAUUAGUUUGGAUAUUUUUGUAUUUAUAACAUAAUACUAAGUAAAAAAUAAACAUUAAUCAAAUUUAUUCACGAGUUUUACUUAAGUCUUAAUUUAUUAUAAUCUUAAAAACCUUAAGAUAAAAUUUUUGUGAUAUAAUUACAUAAGAGUAAAAUGUUGAUGUAUUUACAAUUUAUUAUGUAUCAAUAGUUCUUGUCCUGUGCGAUCUUAGAAUUGACUGAUGACAUUUAUAUCAUGAAUGACGAAGUUAGUGAUUCGAUGCGAUGCGUA